GACCGACAAAGCCCUGAGUCUGCUAGGAUGGCUCGCAUGUUCAGGUUCUCAGCUCUGGCUCUGCUGCUACUGUCUGCCUGUUGUUGGGCCGACAAUGAGGCAGAGGACAUUGCAGAGGAGGACUCAGGGGAGCUUUCUGUCUCUGAACUUCUGGAGAGAGCCAACAGUAAUCUGAUCCGUUCUGCUGAUGAUCCCAACCUGAUUGAAGGAGACAUCGCCAUUGACAGCGCGGCCGAGAAAAACGCCGACCCCUGCACCAGCAAAAGCUGCAAGUGGGGCAAGCUGAAUGAUGGGAAAGUCUACGUUCCUUAUUUCAUCAACAAUCAAUUCUCCUCCCGUGAGAAGGCCAUCAUCACCCGAGGACUGGAGUCUUUCUCCUCUGUCUCCUGCAUCCGCUUCAGACCCACCAAAAGCAGCGACCGCGACUGGCUGAGCAUUGAGUCCAAGAAUGGCUGCUACUCCAUGGUUGGCCGUCGUGGUGGUAAGCAGGUGGUGUCUCUGGCCCGUCAAGGAUGCCUUUACCAUGGCACCGUCCAGCAUGAGCUGCUCCACGCUCUGGGAUUCAACCAUGAACAGACCCGCUCUGACAGGGACAAGCACAUCAAAGUCCUGCUGCAGAAUGUUGUUUCUGGAAUGGAGCACAACUUCAGGAAGAUUGCAACCCUCAACCAGGGCACUCCCUAUGAUUACAACUCUGUCAUGCAGUACCACAGGACUGCCUUCUCCAAGAACAACCAGCCCACCAUGGUCCCUAUCCCUAAUCCCAACGUGUCCUUUGGCAACGCUAAGGAAAUGAGCCGCAAUGACAUCGCCAGACUGGCCUCCAUCGGUGUCGGAGGCUGUGUUUGA